AUGGAUAAGCCCAAGGAAACAGACACUGAACGCAUCGAAAAGGCAAUCACGCUGGACGAGACGAUCGACACAGCCCUGGACAAGCGUCUGAAUCGCAAGUUUGACCUUCGUAUUCUGCCUUGGUUGUUCGGGAUAUGGCUCUUCUCGUUCAUAGACCGCAGCAACAUCGGCAACGCAAGGAUAGCCGGCCUGUCUGACGAACUUUCCAUCACAACCGGUACUCGGUUUAACAUCGCCCUCCUCGUAUUCUACAUCCCGUACAUCCUCGUCGACGUACCGUCUAACCUACUCGUUAAGCUCGAAGGCGCAAUCACUGUUGUGUUCGGCAUCGUAUGCUUCUUCUUCAUGCCGGAUACCCCUGCCGCAGCAGCAUUCUUGAGUGAUGAAGAGAAGGAGUGGGCAUUGCGACGCAUGAGGCUUGACGCAGGAGGAUCCACCGAAGUUGAUGUCGACGAUGAGAAGUUCAGUUGGUAUUGGGUCAAGAUGGCACUCAAAGCCCCGCAGACGUACCUUUCUGCUUUCAUCUGGUUCUUCUUGUUGGUUCCGCUCUAUGUAAGCUUUUUCCGGAUCUCAAAUGCCGGAGACUAUGCUAAAGCUUAA